AUGGCGCAUACCCUCGCAUUCAUCCCGUUUCUCGCUACCCAUAAUCAACGACCCAUAUCAGCGUUCGACUCCACAAUAGAUGACGCCGACUACGUCUCGCGCCACUGGGGCCAGCUAUCCACAUACAAAGACCUUUCUCCAAAUCACUUUGGCGUGGAUAAGGUCGGCCUCCCCGACGGAUGCCAAAUCGAACAAGUCCACCUACUCCAACGCCACGCGGAACGCUUUCCCCACCCCGGAGAUGAGCAAGAUGGCCUCAACAUCCAAAAGUUCACCGAAAAGGUAGCUGAGGCUAUCGAUGAGGGGAAGAGCUUCGACGGACCCUUGGAGUUUCUCAACACGUACCGGAACACCCUUGGCGGCGAGUUGCUAACCGGCAUCGGUGCGAUGGCGGAAAUCGCUUCGGGCAUCCAGUUCUGGAAUACGUACGGCAGGCAUUUAUACAAUGCUUCGGAUGGGCAGCUGGGCUAUGAUCCGGACGAUGUGAGCAGGAAACCGCUGUUGAGAGGCACGACGCAGAGCCGGAUACACAACAGUCUCAUGAACUGGGCGCUGGGAUUCUUUGGACCGAGCUAUCAAGGACCGGCGCAGUUCCCAGCUAAUUGGACGCAUGAUUUCCGAACGCUUGUAAUACCUGAAGGCGAAGUGGGAAGAUGGAAUAACACACUCGCCGCGCAUCACUGCUGCAACAACUCCAACACUCCCGGUAUCGGCGACAUCGGCGACUCCCAAAUGUGGGACUACGCUUCAAUCUACCUUCCGCAGACUGCGAAGCGCCUAUUAAAACACAUGCCGUCCUCCUUCAACCUCACCAUCGCCGACGUCUACGCCAUGCAACUCCUCUGCGCCUACGAAUCCCGGUUCAUCGGGCGCUCAGAAUUCUGCUCCCUCUUCACGAGAGAAGAAUGGCAGGGCUUCGAGCAAAGCCUCGACAUCCGCUUCUUCUACAACCACGCGUUCGGUCAACCUACUGCGCGCGCCCAGGGCAUCGGAUACGUCGAGGAACUGCUGGCUCGGCUGCAGGAUAAAUACAUCCAAGAGAGCCAUUCAAGUGUCAACAGCAGUAUUACGAGGGAUGGGGAGUUCUUCCCGCUGGGCAUGAAGUUCUACGCCGAUUUUACGCACGACAAGGUGAUCCUUGGGGCGCUUACGGCGCUGAGUAUGGAUUACUUCAAGGAGCUGCCGCACUUGGAGAAGUACCCGCCGGAGGAGGAGCGCGUCUUCCGGCUCUCGCAUCUUGUUCCGUUCUCGGCGAGGUUGAUCACCGAAGUUGUCGAUUGCGACUCUGCACAUCCGAAGCCGGUGGCAUAUGAGCGUGUUCGCUAUUAUGCGUCACAGUAUGGCUACAAUACCGAUACACGGAGUUCAAAGCAUCGGUUUGUGAGGAUGAGGUUGAAUGGCGCGAUCUUGCCGUUAUCGUCGAUUAGAAGGGGCGCAUGCAAGGGCCGGCCGGAUCAGCUGUGCCCUCUUGAUAAGUUCAUCAAAUCACAGAAGAAGGCUAACCAACGAGCGAACUACGCUGAGGCUUGCUUUGGGGAUUAUGAUGUUGUGAAUGAUGGGAAAGAUGUUGAUGGUACGGUGCCGGAGCAGUAG